AUGUUGGGUAACUACAACAUCAGCACGGCCAAAGAAAACUUCCUCAAGGCCAAACCUCGAAAACUGCUAUUUCCAGUCAUCUAUCUCACGAUAUUCAUUUUCUUUGAGAUCGAUAACUCAACUCAUGUAGCUCACAAUGAUCUCACAUCAACACUCUCAUCAGAAGAUCUCGGAGCAAAGCCGCAGCCCCCUACAGCAAACAUAACAACCAGCAACAAAGUAGCCGUUAUAAUCGAAACCCGACGGUCCGGCAACAUCAUUCCUCUCAUUCUCCAUUUCAGCGCCGUGCUAGGACCAACCUGGCCCCUCAUCAUCUACACAUCCGCGGAGAACUUCGGAUCCUUCUCCACUUCUGCCGCGCUCCUCCGACACCAGCACUCGGGCCGCAUCAUCGUGCGCUCUCUUGCGGCCGGAACCUGGUUCUACAACUGGGAUUCCGUUUCUGCGUUUCUGACGACGCGCUGGUUGUGGGAGGAUCUGGCGCCGGCCGAACACAUCUUGCUGUUUCAGUCGGAUAGCAUGUUGUGUGCGAAUGCGGCGAGGAGUGUGGAUGAUUUUAUGGAAUAUGAUUUGAUUGGUGCGCCUAUUGAAUCGAAGUUUGGGCAGGGAUAUAAUGGAGGCUUGAGUAUGAGGAGUAGGAAAGACUAUCUUGAGGGUGUUGGAUGA